AUGAAAAUUUUUCUCCUACGCAGGGGGAAUUAUAUCAGCUUAUCAGUGGUUACAUUGCAUCAAUUUGACGGGCCUGAAGAGAUUCUGUCGCUGAUCGCCUUAAAUACGCAAAUGAAAUUAUGGAUGAUAUUUUGGGCUCAGCAGAUCUACCACUGUCGGGAAAAAUGUGGUGGAGCAAAUCUGAUGAACCAUGGCAGCAACAGCUAGAGCGUCAUCUAAACUGAAGCGCUUGAGAUGGAUUUAAAAUCUUGAACAUUUGUCCAGAUAGUCGAGGUCCAGCCGCAAUAUCGCGCAUCAUGAGUGUAAUGUAGGCUGCUGCUGUCGUCGAAAAAAAAAAACACGAGACAUAUGGACUCGUACGAUUCCGGAUGAAAACCAACAAAUGAAAAAUAAAAGCCCUCAGGCCGUAAACAACACAAGCGAUGAAGCUCGACAAAGUACGGCAGAUGCAAGGGAAAACUCCACUAUCCGGCCAGACAAACAGCCAGCACCACUUUAUCAACAGCAGCAGCAGUAAACAUCACUCUGGUGGAAGAAAACACCAUCAGUCUGCCAGUUCCUCAGCGACGAUUACAACCAGACACCAUUCAGUCACCACCGAUCGUACCGCCUACGCCAACAUCACCACCAGAGGCAACAUCAGCAUAUCCAACAUCGGACAUUCGCCGGAAGCGUUCCAUCGCAGCACUACCUGCUUUCCGGUGGAAGAGACCAUCAACGCAGCAGCAUCUUCCUUUUCAUCUUCACCACAAGAAGUGAACCAGCCGCGGCCGCGGAAUUAGCAUUUUUUCUCCCAAAACGGAAGCGCACCAGGCGGCGGAAGCGGCUCAGGUGGGUCACAAUGAAUCAGAGUGGAAUUGAUGUUGGAAAUGAUCAAUAAAAUAUUAUAA